GGGGAAAGCAACCGAAAAGCCAAGUCAUUUGGAGAGUAUGAGAGAGAGAAGUCAAUGAGAAGACAACAUUUUAAAGGCUGAAGGCAUCAAAAUCAAGACUGAACAUCAAUUUAAGCGUCAUCAUCAUGGUAACCCUGAACACUCAAUCUCUCACCUCGCCGGUGGGAAUAAUCCGCCUCUUUGAGUUCACACUAACGCUCAUUACCUUCAGCCUGGUGGCUUCUGAAGGCCACGACAGCUCUUCGUUCUGGGCCUGGUGCACGUUCACCUGGUUCUUCUGCUGUUUCAUAACCCUCCUCAUCAUCAUCCUGGAGUUCACCAGCCUCAACACCAAGGUGCCCAUUUCUUGGGACGACUUCACAACGGCUUUUGCGAUGUUGUCCACGCUUAUGCUGUUGGCCGCUUCGGUCAUCUACCCCACGUUUUACGUGACCUCCAGACAUUCGGUCAGGAUCGCAGCCACAGUGAUCUCCUGUGUGUGCUUCUGCCUGUACUUAGCCGAGGUGGGACUGACCCGAGCCAAACCCGGGGAGGUCAGCGGGUUCCUGUCCACCGUGCCGGGCUUGCUGAAGGUCCUGGAGGCGUUCGUGGCCUGCAUCAUCUUUAUCUCUCUGAAUUAUACCUUUUAUAGCUGGUUCCCUGGGCUCCAGUGGUGUGUGGCCGUCUACUCGUUCUGCUUCAUCAUCGCUCUCCUCAUCAUCAUCCUCACCAUCGGCAAGUUGAUGUCUCGAAUCCCCAUCCCGCUGAACAAAUGUCUGAUGGGGUACAACAUACUGGCGGUUUUAAUGUACCUCACGGCCGUGGUGAUAUGGCCUAUCUACAGUUUCCAGAACAAUCCAAGACCACCAGGCUGCUUCGCCUGUUACUGGGAUAACAUGGCUGUUGUGUCCUUCAUGACUUGCAUCAAUCUGAUCGUCUACAUCGUGGAUACGGUUUACUCGGUGCGUCUGGUGUUUGUUUCACCUGCCUAGAAUGUCACGAUGGUUGUGUGAUGAAGUGCGUGUGAUGUAAGUUUGAAAAUGUAAAAUCUAUUAAAUGUAAAUGUAAUUAGUUUUUGGCAUCAGCUCAGGAUGGGAAGUACAGUUGUUAUACAGGCAGUUUUAAACAUGCACAUACUGAUUGUGUUAUUAUAUUAAUCUUACUGAAAGUUUAUUGAUGUUAAUGCACUCUAAACAAUGUUAUGAGGCUUUUUUUAAAUAUUAAAAAAAAUAUGACAAACACAUAAUAUACAAUCAUUUAACCAUUUUUUUUUUUUUUAUGUAUCUAUUUUGGUUUCACUCACUUGUUCUCUGUCCACUAUCAGUGUUUGCAAAUAGUGAAACCGCAGAAAUAAAAAGAUCUU